AUGGAUACGUUUUUGAAGAGGAAAAAUGCUGACUCUGAACUGGACCCAGAUGAAGGCCCUAGUAUGAGUGGAGGUCAAAAGAAAGCAAAGACGGUGACGUCAAGCAAAGUUUCUGGCACGAGGCAAUACAACGAAAGCUAUCUUUCAUUUGGAUUUACUUUUACAGGAGAUGCAACGACACCGAUUCCGUUGUGCUUGGUAUGUGGUGAAAAGCUCUCCAACAGUGCUAUGGUCCCAAGUAAACUUAAACGCCAUCUCCAAACUAAACACCCUUCACUUCAAAACAAAAAUGUGGAGUAUUUUGUUCGCCUGCGUGAACACACGGAGAAACAGGCCACUUUCAUGAGAAAAACCGCAAAGGUAAAUGAGAGAGCCCUUAAAGCUAGCUACCACGUCGCUGAACUUGUGGCUAAAUCAAAAAAGGCCCACACUGUGGCAGAGCAAUUAAUACUUCCUGCCUGCAAAGCCAUUGUAAAUGAGAUGCUCGGACCCGAAGCGGCUAAAGAAAUAGCCAAAAUCCCUCUCUCAGAUAACACGAUUUCCAGACGUAUUGAUGAGAUGUCUGCAGACAUCGAAAGUUUGGUUUUGGACAAGAUCCGUAUCAGUAAUAAAUUUGCGUUGCAACUUGAUGAGUCUACUGAUAUAAGUGGACAUGCUCAACUCUUGGCCAAUGUGCGUUUUGUGGAUGGAGACGCAAUCAGAGAAAACUUUCUAUUUUGCAAGGUUUUGCCAGAAAAAACAACAGGAGAGGAAAUUUUUCGGGUCACAUCAGAAUAUCUGGAAAAAGGAGGACUUAAGUGGGAAAACUGCACGAGUGUCUGCACUGAUGGAGCUGCAGCCAUGGUCGGGCGCACCAAAGGCUUUGUAAGCAGAGUGAAGGAAAAAAAUCCAGAUGUGAUCAUUACGCACUGUUUUUUACACCGCGAAGCCCUCGUAGCCAAGACUUUACCAGCAGACCUCGUUCCUGUGUUGGAUAAUGUUGUGCGCAUGGUCCGAUGGUUGUCGCGCGGCAAGGUGCUGGCCCGUGUGUAUGAGCUGCGAGAGGAACUUAAAGUGUUUCUGACAAAUGAGGGGUCCGAUUACGCAAAGCUGCUUGCAAGUGAUGAGUGGUGUGCAAGGCUGGCAUACCUGGCAGAUAUUUUUCAUCAUCUGAAUGAGCUGAACACACGAAUGCAAGGCCGAAAUGAAAACCUGCUUACAAGUACAGAUAAAAUAAAUGGAUUCCGUUCAAAGGUGCAACUCUGGCAGCAACAUGUGGAAAGUGGCAAUCUUGAAAUGUUCCCACUCACCGAUAAAUGGAAAGAUGUUAAUACUACUGUACUGUGUGAGCUAAUAGCUAAACAUUUGAAAACGCUUCAGGAGAAGAUGUCAUUUUAUUUCUCUUCAGCCUCCACGGAGUGCCUUGACUGGGUUAGGGACCCAUUCAGCUCAGCAUCAGCUGUUGGAAAGGACAUGACUUUACAGGAGCAGGAGGAACUAACUGAACUGAGACAAGAUCGUGGUCUCAAGCUAAAUUUUGCUGAUCUACCUUUGGACAGUUUUUGGUUGGCAGCUGUCAAGGAGUUCCCCAUGCUGGCCAACAAAGCUAUUUUGACAUUGCUCCCAUUUUCCACAACAUAUCUGUGUGAGGUGAGCUUUUCAAGCCUGACUGCUGUAAAAUCUAAAAACAGAGAAAGACUGAGAGCUGUGGAGGAAGAUCUUCGUGUGUGUCUUUCAUCGAUUCCUGCCAGGAUAUCAGCUCUGUGUUCAUCCAAACAGGCCCAGGGUUCACACUGA